AUGGCAAUGCUCACGCGCACUACGAUCUUGAGCUGGCUUCUCUUGUUCUUGGCAGAUGCCUACGAAACAUGGCACCUUGUAGAUUUAGCACAGGUGGUAUGUCCAAAGCCAACGAGUAGCAAUCCAGAUGCACCGGUCUUUCCUGACUACAACCUGGGCAUCAACUACUCCAGCGAGUUGCAGUUCGAUGCACCCCACAUUGUGGGCUUUAUUCGUGCGAGCGGACAAGCUAUGUCAAUCACCUUCAAGGUUGAGGAUUUCUAUGGUGAGCAGGUGGUUCCAGAGACCACUGUUCAACUUCAGGAACUCAGCGAUGCAGUUCCAUCCAGCUGCACAUGCACCAAUCCCACGAUUCCGGUACAGGUGUCUUCAACGUAUGGUCAAAACUACGGAGCCCAAUGCGGAGCAUGGGAUGAGCCAAAAUGUGGUGAGCUUUGGGGCAACACUACUGUGGGGGAAUGGUGCUGCCGUCAAUGGUGCUACGCCUCCUCCGAGUGUCCAGAUGCUUAUCAAAGCCAGGCUAUACCGGGGCAGUACUUCAUAGAGCAUUUGGAUGGCGUUUGA